GGAUCUCCCGUGGACUAUCAUUGGACAGUGGUACCAUCGUUUCACUCAUCAUUUGCCCUUGAAUUUACUAUGAAUCCUGCGUUUUGUUGCUGGCGUGGGGAUAGGCUACUGAUCUCUUGAAAAAUAUUUUAAUUUCAGAAAGAGAAAGUACGCACUGGAUUCAUGCAAGUGUUUUGCACUUUCUGUGGACAUCUUCUUGUGUGGGAAUGCUGUCUGUCAUGAGUUGGACACGACUCUGGAGUUCGUGGUGGACAAAAUAGUCAAUUGUGUUUGGGAGGGAGAAAAGUCGGUCGCUCAGAAUGUUUUGCGCAAAACUGAAGGAACUAAAAAUUAGCGGGGACUGUCCAUUCUCUGUGGUGCUGCAAAAUGAAGAACCAGGAGAGUCUAAGGAAUGUGCAAAAGCAGGGGACACACUGCCAAUAUCGAAUGAGGUGUGCGGUUCUCUACCGGGGACAUUACCUCAGCGAAAGACAAGCAGAAGCAAAGUUAAUCUGCAUACAUUAGGAGAAAGCGUCCGCAAGUUAAUGUGUCCAGAGUUUCAGCGGCUGCAUACUGCUUUCCUAAGAAUGACGAAACAACAUAAAUUAGACAUGAUAUGUCCUGCGGCAGUUUACUCAGACCUUUGUCAAGAGUGGAGCUUUGGAAAUGCAGAAGACUUAAUGGAGACCAUGACAAAUUAUUCAGAAAAAUCAGGCAUUCAGAUGGACACCCUGAGAGUGUCACUCGGGGUAGAGGUAUUCAAAACAUGCCACGAGGAGGACGGGCAUAUUUUGGGCGUAGUUGGGGGAGCGCUCCACGACUUCCUCAACAGUUUCAACGUCCUGCUGAAGCAGAGCGCGCCUCCGAUCCCCGACAGCAGCGCCGGCUACGUAAACAAAGCCUCGGUCCUCUGCCUGGACAAAGACCCGGGCCUCCUGACGGUGUACUACUUCAACCCCCACCCGGCCACCGAGCUCUUCUUCCCGGGGAUAAUCAAAGCAGCCGCCCAGGUGCUGUACAAGACGGACGUGGAGGUGGUGAUGGAGCCGUCGUGCGGCAAGGACAGCAGCCUGCAGGCCCGAGCCCAGCCCCACCUGCUCUACUCGGUGCAGGUGGCCGACCCCAGGAGGCUGACCCCCAGCCCGCUGAUAACUCACGCGGCGGUGGAGAUACCCAUGUCUCUCUUCUACGCGACGUUCCCCUUCCACGUCCUCUUCGACGAGGACAUGAGCCUGCUGCAGAUCGGGGACGGGCUGAGGAGGCGCUUGAACCGCAGAGACGUCCAGAGGCGGCCGCUGUUCGAGGAGCACUUCCUGAUCGUGUCCCCGCAAAUCAGGAGCACCUUUCAAGGGAUCCUAACCAUGCUGAACACUCAGUUCAUUUUGAGAAUAAAGCAGGCAGCUAAUCCUGGUGAUGGAGCCGCUAAGCUCAUGGACCUGAAAGGCCAAAUGAUCUUCAUUUCUGAGUCAAACAGUAUCCUGUUCCUGGGCUCGCCGUGCGUGGACAAGCUGGAGGAGCUCACCGGGCGGGGCCUGUACCUCUCGGACAUCCCCAUCCACAACGCCCUGCGGGACGUGGUCCUGGUGGGCGAGCAGGCCAAGGCCCAGGACGGGCUGAAGAAGAGGCUGGGCAAGGCCAAGGCCGCCCUGGAGCAGGCCCACCAGGCCCUGGAGGAGGAGAAGAGGAAGACCGUGGACCUGCUCUUCACCAUCUUCCCUGGGGCCGUGGCCCGGCAGCUCUGGCAGGGUCAGUCGGUGCGGGCCAAGAAGUUUGAGCACGUGACCAUGCUGUUCUCGGACAUCGUGGGCUUCACGGCCAUCUGCUCCCGGUGCACCCCCAUGCAGGUGGUGACCAUGCUGAAUGAGCUCUACACCAGGUUUGACCACCACUGCGGAGAGCUGGACAUAUAUAAGGUGGAGACGAUCGGGGACGCGUACUGCGUGGCCGGCGGCCUGCACAAAGAGAGCCAGACGCACGCGGUGCAGAUCGCGCUGAUGGCCCUGAAGAUGAUGGAGCUCUCGGACGAGGUCAUGACCCCCGCCGGGGAGCCAAUCAAGAUGCGAAUUGGACUCCAUUCUGGCUCCGUCCUUGCUGGUGUGGUAGGGGUCAAAAUGCCUCGUUACUGCCUCUUUGGGAACAACGUCACCCUGGCUAACAAGUUUGAGUCCUGCAGCAUUCCAGGAAAAAUCAAUAUUAGCCCAACCACGCACAGACUGCUGAAAGGUCAUCCAGAGUUCAGCUUCAUUCCCAGGACCAGACAGGAUCUGCCUCCGAACUUCCCUUCAGACAUCCCUGGUGUUUGUUAUUUCUUGGAAGCUUUUGAUCAACAGACCAGCGAGGCUGUGAAAGACUGAAAGAGAAGGACGUCGCUAAUGAGAUGCUAACUUCACGACAGGGGAGACAAAUAAAAACAGUGUUAACAUACAAAGCAGUGGGCUACAGAAUUAUAUGUAUAUCUGUUGAGGUGAUAUUGACAUCUUCAUAACGCCGAUGUGAAGUUGCUAAAUGAGAAAUUAACUAUUCUUAAUUUGCUGCUGCGUACUAUUGAAUCCACACGAUCACCCAUGCCGUAGUUUUAAUAUCGCACAGUGGAUUUUUGCAGAAUGCCCUUUGACUGUGAUGUCAACGCUUAGCUAGAUCACAAGGAAUGAAUAUUCCCAGCAAUCAUUUAUUAUUAAAAUUAUUAUUUUUGCAUUAUAACAAAGCUGCAAUAAACUUUUGAUUAAAUGUGAGUGGGUUA